CUCAGAUAUUACAUGGUAUCUGUCGGGAUACGAAAGCCUCGAAGCGACACCAUCCCUACGUUCAUCCUGCCGCACCCCCAGUAUGCAUCCGAUCCUUUGCCUCGUUGGUGAAGUCAUUGUCACGACACUUGUCACUGGAUUCACUCAUCCCGGCGCGCGUCUUCGCUUGUUGGGUCUCAUUCCUGUCGCGCUUUGCGUACUGCAAUGUGUACCGCUCUGCAUGAAGUCCAUGGUCCGGACACCGUGGGCAGCUCUCGUCGGCGGCUACUCAAUCACAUACCUCUUCCAUUACCUCGAUGUGGCUGUGCUCAGCGAUUGGAGCUUCGAACACAACAGCCCAGUCAGCGGAUUAGUGAGGCCAUCGGAAGACGCCAAUACAGACGACAGAGCACAGUCCCGGAAGCCCAACGACACCAUUGUGCACCGACUUCUCUUCGGAGUGAAGAUGGCCUCGUCUUUCCGCUUCGUCGGCACUCCGUACCAGACUAGGAAUACUCCACCCGUCAUCGCGGCCGACCGAAAAUACUUCCUCCAGCGCACGUUCGCCGUCAUUGUGGUUUCAUAUGUUGUGUUGGAUUUCAUCAAUUCUAAUAAUGACCCAAUGAUUGCUUCCAAGUACCUUACCCUGGAAAAGGUCCCCUUCCUGACUCGAUUAGACCAAAUUACUGCCGAAGAAGUGGUUAUACGGGCGUUUGCCGUGCUCGCCGCGGCCGUCGGGCUUAAUUGCGUCCAGGGAGGCAUAUACAACAUUUUUGCCCUCCUUGCAGUGAGCACCGGAGUUUCCAAUCCUUCUGAAUGGCCCCCAUUCUACGGUUCACCUCGCGAUGCAUACACACUCCGCAAAUUCUGGAACGUGUUCUGGCACCAGACGAACGCGAGGAAGUUCUCUUCUAUUGCCCACUAUACCGUUCACGGCUGCAUGAAGCUGCCUCGGGGUUCAAUAGGCGCUCGAUACUUGCGUAUGCUGGUGGCAUUCCUGUCUUCCGGUAUUAUGCACUUAUUAGGCGACCUUGCAGCGGGGGUACAGCUUCGCGAUUCCGGGGCGAUGCGAUUCUUCCUCGCCCAAGCCCUGGGGAUGAUUAUAGAAGACGUCGCCAUCAGAGCCUACCGCCGCUUGCCGCCGGGCACGAAGAUACCCCUAGUCGCAGAGAAGGGCUUAGGAUUUCUGUGGGUUGCGAUCUUCCUGACAUGGUCGGUCCCAGCGUACAUGUACCCGAUGAUGUGGCGCGCGAACCAGGGAUUGAAUGACUCCACCAUCCCAUUCAGUUUCUUCGGGCCAGGCGCAGAGCGCAUCAAGGCGGUUGGUUGUUUGCUAAGUGCCGGUGUCGUCUCAUUGUCUGGGAUUUUAAUUACAUGACUGCUGUGGUAAUGGAACAAAACAAUCAUUCGGUGGAACUUACUGGAGGACAAUGCGGCGCAGUCCACUUAUAGGGGCGGAACUACCUGUAUUACCACCCCUGACGACGGCUUCUACCGGUCGGUGGGGCUCUGUCAAGGAUCUCGACCUAUUCCCAUGGGAUAAUUUGUAACAUAGGUUCAUGAUGUAAAAGAAAUUGAUCUUA